AUGGCAAAAAAACGCUCAAAUGUAGGAAAGGAAGCAGCCCCCACAUCCAACCCUGCUGCGCAAAUGUAUGAAUUCUGGAAGCCCAGUUUUUUAAUACUAGGCGAGCCUGCAGUGGAUGCGUGGAAGAUUUGGAUUUUGGCUGGAGAAAUUGAUCCUGCGGUGGCUGAGUUGAUGAAGCCGUUUGGUUUCAGGCUUGAGCGCAAGGAUUGA